AUCCGAAGAGUCCUCUACUUCUGUAGAAGCAGCAGGCGCCGUCGGCUAAAAAAUACUUAUCGUACAACAUCGGUGCACAGGAUUUUAUGUUUAAAAUAUUAGUAUUUUAUAUUUGUAAUUGCAUUUAUAAUAAUAAUAAUAAUAAUAAUAAAAAUCGUCAUUUUAGCCUAGCGGAGCGUGCUACUGCUAAAUGACGCGUUAGCUUAGCAGAUUUGCUCCAUAGCAGCUAGUUAGGUAGCUAACGUACCUCUAACUGACUACUUACUAGAAUAAACCAUUAUGGCAACCCAGAGACCUCCAUCAGGCAGACCUAUGAGCCGGAGUUCUCUAGUCCCGGGGACUGCAAGACCACCAACUGGUGUCAGACCUCCACAGACAGCGGUCAGGGUGGGAACCGGGAUGGUGCCAGGUACUGGACGUCCAGGAACCAGGGCUGGACCCAUUGCCACGCAGGGUGUGUUAUCAGCUCAGAUUAAAGUCACCGAUCGUCCUGUCACUCAACAGGGUCUCAGUGGAAUGAAGACCGGCGGGAAAGGACCCCAGAGACAAAUUCUGGAUAAAUCCUACUACCUGGGUUUACUCCGGAGUAAAAUCAACGAGCUGACAACAGAGAACAGCAAGCUGCAGAAAGAGAUUGACGUCUUCAAUCAGGAGAACUCGGUUUAUCUGUCAUACGAAAAAAGAGCCGAAAGCCUUGCUGGAGAAAUAAAGGAUCUACAGGGACAACUGGCAGACUACAACAUGCUGGUUGAUAAACUGAACACCAACACAGAAAUGGAUGAAGUAAUGAAUGAAAUCAGCAUGCUGAAAGUACAGAACGACCGAGAAGCCCAAAGCAUAGACGCCAUAUUCACCGAGAGAAGAGAGAAGGAGGAUUUGAUCCAUGCUAUAGAGGAAGAGAUUGAAAGGGAGAAGCAGGCAGCAGAUGACAUCGUGAAAAAAAUGCCUCCAGAGAAACAAGCCAAGUACGCUGAGAUGAAAGCCGUUAACGAGGAGCUGCUACAGGAACUGGCAGCACGUCAGGACGAGCUGGACACACUGAUGACCAGGAAGGAAACACUGGAGGCUGAGUUGGAGCACUCUCAGGUAAAGCAGGAAGCUGUGAUUCUGUAUGAGAGGCUGCAUGAUCUGGAGCUGCGCCGAGACGCCCUGGAGGCAGAAGACAAGAACAUGAUCUCUCCACAGGAGGAAAGAGAACGUCUGCUGAAACAGGUGAAAGAAGAUAAUCAGGAAAUCGCCAGCAUGGAGCGGCAACUGACUGAAACGCGGGAAAAAAUCAACCGUCUCACGGAAGAGUUGCGACAGCUUGACCUGGACAUGGAGGACCAUCAAGGUGAACGAACCCAAAAGUAUAAAGAGUUGCAGAAAAAAGAAGAAGAAAUCGAUGCUUACCUGGAGGCGUUCGACACAAACCAAGAUCAGGCGAUGGAGAACAUUAAGGAGACCCAGGCUAGCGUCGUGGCUCUGCUGGAGCAGACUAGCAGGAUGAUGAAUCGUAUGAAUCAGCUGUCGGCCAUCAGUCCCCAUGAGCUCAAGUCCAUGCAGGAGGACCUCAGCUUCAAAGAGACGGAGAUGCAGAAAUCUCAGAGUACAGCCAAGGGACUGUCUUCUGAGUGCGAGCGUCUGCAGCAGGACCUGCUGAAUGUAGAACGCCUGGAAGGGAAAGUACAGGCAGAGAUGAAGUCUCUGAAAGAAAAGAUCCAGGAGAUGACUGAAGGACUGAAGACGUACAGGGAUCUAGAAGCACUGAAAGCCUCCGGAGAGCAGAAGAUGAAGAUGUUGCAGGAAGAACGGGUGUCUCUAAUGGAGAGGAGACAUGCCUUCAAGAAGAUUAAUCAACAGAUGAAUCAAGAAUACGAGACUCUUGCAGCACAGUUGCAGGAGAAUGAGACUCACACACAGCUGACAAAUCUGGAAAGGAAGUGGCAACACCUUGAACAGAAUAACUUUGUUAUGAAAGAGUUCAUCGCCUCUAAAGGCAUGGAGAGCGAUUACCGGCCCGUGAAGAAAAAUGUCACCAAGCAGCUGUCUGAAUACAAUAAGAUCCUCAUGGAUGCUUUGCAGGGCACCAAAAACUGAGCGCCGCUUCCUGCAUCCCUAGGCCGCCAUUACUACUUCAUCACUGACUCACUUCCCGUGCAGGACUGCUCUCCUACUCAACAUUCCAAAGGCAUGGCGCACGUGCCGUAGAGAUUAGAGAUGGUCCCGGGGGUGAAAAAAACACACUCUGUCUUUCUCGGAUUUAUCCGUGACAGCUCUUUGAUGGAGAGUGCAUGGCCACAGAGGCGUGGAGAAGAGAUAAGAGUAGGAAUCUGAAUCAACUAUAUGGGCAUUUAUACUGGAAUAUUUUUUAUUAAUAAUUCGUAAAUCCAGUUGUUAACUACUUUGAGUGGAAAAGUUAUUAUUACUUUAAAAUUUAAAUAAAAUUCUUUGCAAAGUACUGAAUGGAAGUGAUUUUACUGAUAC